AUGUUCAUUGCAUUUUAUAUUACGGACUCAAAGAAUUCAUUAGUUUUCCAAUAUCUUUUGGGCUCAAAUUCACCUCUUUUCUCUCAUCUCUUAGCUCGGAUUAGAGCGGUUUGUCCAGGAUUACUUUCCAAAGAUGAUGAAAACGAUAAUACACCUUUAUUCCACUGUUGCAUAGCCAAAGAUCUCGAGGUGUACAAGUACCACUCACAAGUUAACAAUUUGAACUACUACUGUUUGGCUUCAGGAGCAGACUCAAGGCCGCAGACUGAUACUUUUACAUUUUUGCAGCUGUUAGAUCAAACAUUACUGGAAUACUUCGAUAAGGAUAAAUUGACCGUUACCAAGAUUGUCAACAAUUAUGAUCGUAUUACCAUGAUUUUCUACAUGUCCAUCGAUUCCGGUGAGCCCUGUGUGGGCUCCCUUAACAGUAAUAGAAUUAGAAGGGUUAUACCGGUUAAAUCAGAUCUGUCCAAGAUGAUUAAUAAUACCGCACAUACUCUUCAAAGAGCUGUGCGUCAACCACGUCAAGGUAUCUUAGCGGCUACACCAGAAAUUCUGGAGAGUGAAGAAGUUGUUCCUUGGAGAAGUGGCCAUCUGAAAUACACGAGUGAUGAAAUUUACGUAGAUAUCAUCGAGACCGUUCAUGUUAUCUACCAGACACAUCAUCGGAAUAACUCAGUUCAAAUGGUUUCAGGUACCAUUAACGGCCAAGUAAAUGUUAAAAGCUACUUAAGCGGUAACCCUACGGUGGAAAUGGAUAUGGACUUAGCUGGUAACGAAAUGUAUGCGCCAUCAAUGCACCAAUGCGUGGAAAUGCCGCAAGGCUCACCAUCGUCUCUGUGUUUUAUACCACCCGAUGGUAAUUGUAACUUACUGAAUUAUACGAUUGAUCUCGACAUGAAUCCCAAAGUUAAAGUGACAAGUCCAGUGGGUCUCGUAUCAGUGAUUUAUAAGGAUGGCCUCGGUCUAAAUCGUGAUGAAUUUGAAGUCCAUGUCAAUAUUUCAAAUUCCCCAUCAGUACCGCAUAUUCAAGAUCUAAAGCUUCAAAUAGAACUACAACCCCGUAUACAAGAAUUGGAAGAACAGGAGGAAGAAGCUCAGAGGGAUGCCGAAAUGGAUACGGAGGCAAAGAAAGAACGCAGUCAAUUAGAAGAUGGUAAGAUCAAGGUGCUGAGAAAUACGCAUGGUAGAUUUGACAAUAGUGUACACCCAGGUAGAGGUACAUGGAUCUUUGAUAGUGAAACACCUGUGGGUUCAUUACCUGUUCUAAGAGGAUGUGUUGAGGACUCUAAACAUCCAGUAAGGAUACAACGUGUAGGUGUGAGUUAUGCAAACGAGGGAAUGUUACCAAGUGGCAUAGGGCUACGGAGAAUAAACGUUAGAUCUACAACUAAUCUAAGAGAAAACAACAGGGGUAAAAGACUGUUCAAGGGCGUGAAAUAUGUAUGCCGUACAGGUGACUAUGAAAUACGGUCUUGA